GAAGAACAAGGCAGGAGGUGCUGAGCCAGUGGGGUCUGAAAGAGGUUGGGUCUGGUCGUUACACAGACUCACAGCCGGUGACUGGAGCUGCACCAGCGCCCCGUGUCUCCUUCCACCAGCCAAGGGUGGUCCCGGGUGAAACAACCUUUUCCUACCCGCACGCUGACUGCUGAGCUGGCAGAGCAGCCCUGAGACCCCGCGGCCGGCACCAUGGGCACUAACGUCAGCCAUGAGGAGGACGCAGACAGCAACAGCUCUCUUGCGAAUACCCCUGAGGAUAUCCUGAAAACAAUGAGCGGUGAGGACCUUUACAGGCUGCUGACUGACAUUAAAACCUGGGAGGCAUUUGUGGAUGAGAAAUUGUUGUCCAGGAAUGAAGCAGAGGAGAUAUAUGAAGCUCUGAGUCGUCUGAUAACAGACCUAGCCACGGAAGAUAAAAAAGUGCAGGAGUUUAGGGAGCGGUUUCUGAGAUCAUAUCCUCAGCUGAAACAGCAGCUUAGGAAUGACGUAGACCGGCUCCAUGAACUUGCAGUCAAAGCAGACACGAUUCACAGGAACUGUACCAUCUCCAAAGUAGUUGCCGACUCCACUGGCAUUGUGUCUGGCAUUCUGACCAUCGCUGGCUUGGGUCUGGCACCAGUGACAGCAGGGGCCAGUCUGUCCCUGGCAGCAGCUGGGGUGGGACUGGGAACAGCAUCUGCUGUGACCACUGUGUCCACCAGCGUCUUGGAAAGUGUGAGCAUGUCAUCUAUAGAAGCUGAAGCUAAUAAAUGCUCAGCUGGAAGCAAUUUAGAGAAUUUGCUCAAGGAACUUCUAUCCAACGCAGGUUCCAUAGGAGGUAAGCUUUACAAUGGCUUGAAUAACAUUGGGAAGAUCAACCGUGUUAUCAAGCUGGUCAAAUCCCAGCCUCAUCUAGCGGCCCGUGCUGCACGCUUCGCCUCUGGUGGAAAAGUGUCUUUUGAAACCACCCGUCAAGUCAGGAAAGCUUUUGGAGGCACUGCUCUGGCGAUGACAAAAAGCGCCCGGAUCUUCGGUGCAGUCACUGCUGGCAUCACUACUCUGAUGGACGUGGCCAGCCUAGUGAAAAACGCAAAGGAAUUGCAGGAGGGGGCAAAGGCACCAUCAGCUGAAAACCUGAGGCAUCAGGCCCAAGAGCUGAAGAAGAUGUUGGAAGUGCUGAGCCAGAUCUAUCAGAGUCUAUCUAGUUCCUGACUCUGCGACCCCCAGGACCAUGAAAGGAGCGGGGACUUGUGUUGGACGAGGUGUGGUGGUACCUUGCUCGAGGGGAAAAAAGCACAAAAUGAAGUUUAUGGACUGGGUGUUAAGGAGUUUGGCAAUUCUGUAGCUGAGUGAGUCAGAGUAGGAUUGAUGAAGCUGGCAUGUGAAAAGGCAGGAACACAGCUUGGAAUAAGGGAGGAGCCUAGAGGGAGGGGGAUAAGGAGAACCAUUUAUUUUGGACUGAACAAGACGGGGGGCAAGAAUAAAGUGGGGUGAAGGAACAGGCAAUGGGAAGACCAGUAACUUACAAAAUAGAAGAUGAGAGAAAGUUGAAGAGUUGAAAUUGUUGGGAUACGGGAAAGCAACAGCAGCUCCUCUGUUAACCCUCCCCGUGGUCUGACAUGCUAGAAAAUAUGGCCUGACCCUCGUUUUAGUGUCUGCUCCCAGCUGUCCAGUGUGAAUGUAUUUUUGUCUCCUAGCAGCUUUACCUUGAUUAGUAGUGACCUCUGGUGGUGGUGGAGGUUGUGGUGGUGAGAACAGCAGAUUGGGUGGGAGAAUGGUCAAUCACUGGUGCUCUUUGGAACCAGGUUGUCCUUGGAGACAACUGAGGACAGUGAAAUUCCAAAGGCUGUGUUGAAGCAGUGACUGAUUUUGUUUUUUUUUUAAAGGAGCGGGGUGGAGAAUGAUACCAGAUGCCAGACAGGGCCAAGGAACUUGAUGUGUCUCAAGAUCAACCAUCUUUGAUCAAGAGCUACACAUCUCUGAGCCUCAGGUUCCUUACCCAUCGGGGGAAUUGCUAGCAAAGAUGAUAGUUCAUGACUGUCUGUUUCUCCUCCACUUGCACUUUAUAGACUGCUUCAAUAAAUCUGGUGAUAC